AUGGCACACACAGGCUCGUCCAUGUUUGGUGUGAUAGUGGCAAGGCAGCUAAGGUCCGUGGAUGUGGCUCAGGAGGAGGAGCAGGAGGAGUCAGGAUGUCCCACCUCCAGUUGCCUCCCACCGCUCUGCUCCAUCCCCAGGACGCUGGCUGUGUCCCCCGGGCUGGGAGGAGCGCCCGUCACCCCGGAGCUGGCUGGGGACAUGAGGAAGAUUCUGUUUGGCGGGACGUUCCACGUCUUCAACUACGAGUGGAGGAAGUCCUUCUUCAGGUUCAGAGAGCCGCGCUCGCAGCUCGCCUACGCCCUGGAGGCUGACAGGGGUGGGGCGCGGGCCGUCCAGAUGGUGGUUCAGGCUCACAUCAUCAAGUUCCUGCUGUUUGGCGGACAGAGCGGCUCGGACGGCCGCACGCUGCACAGUCUGUGUGAUGUAGGUCAGAGGGACCAGGAGGGGGCGCUGGCGGCGGCGCUGACUGACAGCCUCUGGUUGGCUGGUGAGGAGCGCAGCGCCACGGUUACCUUGGUAACGUCGGAGUACUGCACCACGCCGCACCUGGACUACAAGCUGGACAACUUCACAGAGCGACUGCAGCUGUUCACGUUCCAGCAGAGAGACGACGUGAGGAGCUUCAUCUCCCAGCACAUCCAGUGUUUUAAAGAGGAGGGGAGUCACGGCGUCAUCCUCUUCCUCUACAGCCUCAUCUGCUCCCGCACAGUCCACAGGCUGAGGGAGGACCUGGACGGCACCGCCUCCCACCUGCUGCACGUCAGUCUGGGAAACUUCGUCUGUCGCCAGGCUCUGCUGAACCUGCUGCUGACGGGCAGAGCCACUCCCAACGUGUUCAACGGGACCCGGCAGGUCGGGGAGGACGGCCGGCCUCUGGAGCGCCCCCUGCAGGGCGUCCUGGCUCGCAGCGAUGUGGGAUACCUGCACUGGAGCCGCGAGCAGAUGGAGAGAGACAGACUGCCACAGGUGGGCAGCAGGCUGAAGACCCCCAGGCUUCCCAUCUGGGUCUGCAGUAUAAACGGCAGCUACUCAGUUCUGUUCAGCCCGAACCGCUCGCUGCUGUCCGACUGGAAGAUGGAGCAUCUCUUCAACCUUUACUUCUACAACGGCCAGCCCAGCCAGACGACCACAGCCAGACUCACCAUCGACACCCACUCCCACCACUGGGAGGCGCUGCCCAGGGACUCGGGGGACCAGGAGAAGAGGUUUCCCUCGUUAGAAAUGACCAUCAGGACCAAGUGGGACGGAGCCGCCAUCGACUGGAACGGCUGCUCUCCUUUUUACUGAGACGC